CAACCCCGCCCAGCCCGCAGACCCUUCUGGUCCGCAGCUGUGGUCUUUGCUUCAGCCGCAGUCGCCACUGGCUGGUUGAGGUGCUCUUACCAGCCUUUUCCAGGUGUGUGAGUUAAUCCGUCUCCACAGCCAGAUCUUUCUCCGUGGGUUCCUCAGCUAAGACCGCUGCCAUGCCGGUGACGGUGACCCGCACAACCAUCACAACCACCACGUCGUCGUCCUCGGGCCUGGGGUACCCGACCAUCGUGGGGUCCCCUCGGGCCCUGACCCAUCCCCUGGGCCUCCUCCGCCUGCUGCAGCUGCUGUCCACCUGCGUGGCCUUCUCACUGGUGGCCAGCGUGGGUGCCUGGACAGGGCCCAUGGGUAACUGGUCCAUGUUCACCUGGUGCUUCUGCUUUGCGGUGACCCUGCUCAUCCUCAUCAUUGAGUUAGGUGGGCUCCAGUCCCGCUUCCCUCUCUCUUGGCGCAACUUCCCCAUCACCUUCGCCUGCUACGCGGCCCUCUUCUGCCUCUCGGCCUCCAUCAUCUACCCCACCACCUACGUCCAGUUCUUGUCUCACGGCCGUUCCCGGGACCACGCCAUCGCCGCCACCUUCUUCUCCUGCAUCGCUUGUGUGGCUUACGCCACCGAAGUGGCCUGGACCCGGGCGCGGCCCGGCGAGAUCACCGGCUACAUGGCCACCGUGCCAGGGCUGCUCAAGGUGCUGGAGACCUUCGUGGCCUGCAUCAUCUUCGCGUUCAUCAGCAGCCCCUACCUGUACCAGCACCAGCCGGCCCUGGAGUGGUGCGUGGCGGUGUACGCCAUCUGCUUCAUCCUGGCGGCCAUCGCCAUCCUGCUGAACCUGGGGGACUGCACCAACAUGUUGCCCAUCCCCUUCCCCAGCUUCCUGUCCGGACUCGCCCUGCUGUCCGUCCUCUUCUACGCCACCGCCCUCGUCCUCUGGCCCCUGUACCAGUUCGAUGAGAAGUACGGCGGCCAGCCCCGGCGGGCCAGAGACGUGAGCUGCGGCAGCAGCCACGCCUACUACGUGUGCGGCUGGGACCGCCGCCUGGCCGUGGCCAUUCUGACGGCCAUCAACCUGCUGGCGUACGUGGCCGACUUGGUUUACUCUGCUCGCCUGGUUUUUGUCAAGGUCUAAGACUCUUCCAAGCGGCCUCCGUUUCUCUUUCCAACAUCUUCAGUUCUCUCACCCAGGUUUUCUUUACUGAGUCUUCCUUGCGUUUUAAUGUCUCCUCUCCCUCCUGCCCCUUUUUCUGUCCUUCCCGAUCCAUCACUCUUUCCCGAUCCGUUUCUUUGACUCCCUUCGCCCCUCUCCUCUUGCUCUGUUUCCUCUCCUUCCUGUUUUGUUUUGUUUUGUUGCCUACAUCCUGUUUUGCCUGAGUUCUCUUUUUCUACCGUCUUCUACCUUUUCUUCCUCUCAUCUCUUUUCUGGGUUUCCUGUUGGUUUUCCCAUCUGCCUGUUUCCUGAUCACCUCUUUCCAUUUCCUUGGGAGCCCUGAGGCUUCUUUCUCCCCCACCCUCCACCCACCUCCGAAGGUGCUGAGCUCCACACAUCCCACACCCCUCUUCGCAGCUGUCCUGCCGUGGGCCUCCCGCGGGGCCUCGUUGCCAAAGCAUGCCUGCCCGCCCUAGCUGUGCCUUAGUUAGUGUGUGUGUGUGUGUGUGUGUGUGUGUUUGGGGGGUGGAGGGUGCGUAGCUGGGGAUUGGACCCCCUUUCUCCCAGCGGAGGAGGGUAUGCAGUAGACCUCCCCUUUAAGUUAAAAAAAAUUGCUGGAGGUCAAUAAUUUCUGGUGGGGGGGAAGCUUUAAGCACAGACCCUGAGUCUAGCCCCCCGCCCCACCUGGCGCUCAGCCUUGCCUGAGAUUGGCUCUAGAAGUUUUGCCAGGCUUACUAUAACCCACUGCCUAGAGGCCAUCUUAAAGGAAGCAAGGGACGGGUGCCUUUCAUCCCAGCUAUUCUCUGUGGUAUCAGAAAAAGGAGUGAGGCAAAGAACCACAGGGUCUCGAAGACAACUGUCUGAAGUAUUUGCGAGGGGCAGUAAUGUGGCCCUCUAGCCUCGGUGUUAAAAAUAACGUGUCCUGCUUUGGCAGAGAGGAAAAGAAGAAAAUGGCCACUGCCGAACUUCAAGGCAAUAUCAGCCUGGGUGUUUUUUUCUUUUCUUUUUCUGGUCAUGAGGGCAAAAAUUACUGGGUGGCCCUAUUAUGAAAGAGAGGUUUCUUUUCAGUUUUUCUUUUUUGGGGGGGAUGGGUGGGAGGAUGGGAUUGGUGCUGCCAUAUCCAGAGGAACGCAUUGCUUGAGUGUGUGGUGCACACGCACGGGUAUUUCUGUGUGCUAGUUGCUUCUUGCUGCUGCUUCCUGCUUCUCUGGGACUCACAUGCAUAACGUGAUAUAUAUAAAUGUAUAAAUAUAUAUUUUAUUUUUUUUUAAUUCCCCAGAGCUUUUGGUUUCCAUCAGCUCCUGC